GUCGAUUGAGGCCCAACUCGACAAGCCAACGAUUUCCCUCACUGACUCACUCACUACUGGAUCGUGAGAUUGUCCGUACGAGGACCCUAGAAUUUGCGUCUCAACGCUGCUCAGUCAAUCGACACUCCACCACUCUCAAAAUGUCGGGCAACUUCGAUUCCUGGGAAGACGCUGCGGCGCAAGAUGAGGAUCUUUCAAGACAGACACAAAACAUGAACAUCAACGCCAACGCUUUCAGGCCUGGGGCCUCUUCAUUUCAGCCUGGGGCUAACUCUUUCCAACCGGGCCAGCAGUACCAACAGAAUGGCUAUCAGAGCUAUGGCUACGGCCAACAGCAGGGAUACAACCAAUUUGCACAAUACGGGCAAGGCUACAACAAUCAAUACCCCCAAUAUCAACAACAGCAACAGCAACAGCCACAGCAAGGCUACAACCAACAAUAUAACGGACAGUUUGCUGCAUAUAAUCAAACCCCCGGCGGCUUUCAGCCACGACAGGGCGCCCCGGUAAGCAUCGCCAGACGAUCAGAUGCACCACCUGCCGCAGCACCAAAGCCAGCACCUCAAUCUCAACCAGCUCCUGCUCCAGCUGCUGAGAAAGCCCCCACACCAAAGCCUGCUGCAGCACCUCCGAAGGCUAAAGUCCUAUCGAUUGGUGUUCCUACCUCCGCAUCAGCCUCCCCGAAGAAACCCGCCUCUCCUACCGCCAAAGAUGCUCCGUCCAAAGUUGAGACCAAGGCAGAUACUAAACCAGAAGCUGGUUCGAAGAAGGUCGCAGCGAAGGCUGUUGAGAAGACUGGUGAAAGAGCAUCAGGCAAGACCUCUCCAACACCGUCCUCAGGCAAGUCAUCCCCUACUCCAGGGGACUCGAAGAAGGGACGCAAUGCCGAAGAAAUUGCCGCAGAACAAACAGCCGAUGUCGAUGCAUCUGUGCUCGAAGAGAUGUACGGAAAGGAACACGUCAACAUCAUCUUCAUCGGUCACGUUGAUGCCGGAAAAUCUACCCUAGGCGGUCAAGUCCUCAUUCAGACUGGUAUGGUGGACGAGCGGACACUGGACAAGUACAAGAGGGACGCGAAAGAUGCUGGUCGUGAAACCUGGUAUAUCUCCUGGGUGCUCGAUCUGAACAAGGAAGAACGAGCCAAGGGUAAAACCGUCGAAGUCGGACGAGGGUUUUUCGAGACCGAGAAACGACGAUACACAAUCCUCGACGCACCCGGUCACAAAACAUAUGUACCAAACAUGCUGAGCGGUGCCGCUCAAGCCGAUGUCGCCAUUCUUGUCAUUUCGGCACGAAAGGGUGAAUUUGAGACUGGUUUCGAGAAGGGUGGUCAGACACAAGAACACGCUAUGCUGAUCAAGACAACCGGCGCAAAGGAACUAGUCGUGGCCGUGAACAAGAUGGACGAUAUUACCGUAGAGUGGUCGAAGGAACGCUACGACGAGAUCGUCGGCAAGCUCAAGCCAUACCUCAAGAAGCGAAUGGGUCUCGAAUCGACCUUUAUGCCUAUCUCGGCGCAGACCGGCAUGGGCGUCAAGGACAGAAUCCCGAAGAACCUGGCCGGCUGGUACACUGGCCCCUCUCUCCUCGAGUUCCUUGAUGGCAUGGCGAAGAUCCAACGCAACCUCAACGCGCCGUUCAUGAUGCCCAUCGGCGCCAAAUACAGAGACAUGGGCACCAUGGUCGAAGGCCGUGUCGAGGCCGGCGUGAUUCAAAAGUCGGCCAACUACAUAAUGAUGCCGAACAAGGAAGAGGUAGGCAUCGCCGCCUUGUACGGCGAGACGGAAGAAGAAAUCCCCCACGCGGCGUGCGGUGACCAAGUGCGCAUGCGACUCCGUGGUAUCGAAGAAGAAGACAUCCUGCCCGGCUUCGUGCUGUGCUCGCCGAAACGACUCGUGCACUGCGUGCGCGAGUUCGAGGCGCAGAUCAACAUUGUCGAGCUCAAGUCGAUCCUCUCGGCCGGCUUCAACUGCGUGCUGCACGUCCACGCGGCCACGGAAGAGGUCACGUUCGCGGCGCUGUUGCACAAGUUGGAGCCGAGGACGGGUCGCAAGAGCAAGAAGCCCCCUCCGUUCGCGGCAAAGGGUCAGAACAUCAUCGCCCGCCUGCAGGUCACCAGCGGCGCCGGUCGCAUCUGCGUGGAGCGGUUCGAGGACUACCCGCAGCUCGGUCGGUUCACCCUCCGUGACCAAGGUCAGACCAUCGCCGUGGGCAAGAUCACAAAGUUGAUCCUGGACGACGAGUAGCUUGUACUCCCGUAUGACCUACGAGGCUUCUUCGACAGGCGCCAGGAUAUGGUCCUUCGUCAGGCUUCCUCCAACCAAGCCCACGCGUGCGUGGUAUGAUCCAAAAAGAAUUUAACGAACAUAAGAUGUUUCAUAAUGUGCAUUCGGCGUGUUAUGAAGACGGCAGAAGAGGCCUCGAGGGGGUGGGAGUCAGGCCGGAGAUCAACACCCAUAGAGCAGCAGGUAGAGAAGAAGUGCAAAAACGCACAAACGCAGAUGUUUGACCAAGC